AUGGAAAAGAUUUGUUUGCCUCUUUGCUUGCCUGCCGUUGUGAGAACUAAGUUGACUACCUUGACAUAUCGGACCGUGGUUGACAGUAUGCUUCACGCAUUCAUUUUUGAAAUUCAAUGGCCCCUGGCCCCCACAGUAAAACAAGAGCGGGGUGCUCUCGGGAUUUUUCUGUCCAGACAGCGGUUGUCAGCCUUCCAAGUUUUAGUUGACUUGCAUUCAAGUUCUCAUUGCGACGUCUUUGCUCACCAAGAAUCGGACUGGUUCCCUAACAAGUACGACCAACACACCGCCGAUAGCCGCAAGCACCCCUCAUGA